AUGUCAACUCAACAAGUCACUAUUCGUAAAAUGCCCGCGGCUACACUCUAUGGUAUUAGCCAUGUUGGUCCUUAUGAAGCCAUUGCACCUGUCUUUGGAAAGUUGGCCAAGAUCGCCGAAACUGAGAAGGUGUCCUACGACUCUGGAGUGUACAUUGGAUUGUACUAUGACAAUCCCGAUACCAACCCACCCGCUCAACUCCGUUCAAAGGCAUGCUUCAUGCCACACAAGCCCGAGACCAAGUUGGUCGAUCCUGCCAUCUCCACCUACCAGUUCCACGAGGGCGAGUACGCCGUCUACUUGUACAAGGGCGCCUAUGAAGGACUACCCAAUGCCUGGAGAUGGUUCUUUGAGACCUGGUUCCCAACAUCUGGCCGCCAGUUCAUCCUGAACGAUCAGAAUCCAACAUUUGAGCUCUACCUCAAUGAAUGCGGUAAAGUUGCCAACGAGGAGUUGUUGACUGAGUUGAUGCUCAGAUUGAAG